AUGUCUCUCUUUGAACACUUUCGCUCUUUUUUCUUCUCUCAUUUUCUCUUCCCACGUAUCCCUUUCCUACCCAUUCGUGGUUCUUCAUAUACCCUGGUAUUAGGUGCAUUCACUGAAUUGAACAUGACGCUCAAAUACUUAUAUGCUGACAACCCAUCCGUCUUUAUCUCCCUCAACCUAAGCCUAUUGCCUUGGCUUCCCAUUUCUUCCUUCACGCCCAUUUUCCCUUUCUUUUGUUCUGUACUUCCUUCAUUCCCUCAUUCAUUUCUUCUUUCUUUCUUUUUUUCUUUCUUUCUUUCUUUCUUUCUUUCUUUCUUUCUUUCGUUAUUGCAUGCUUUUUGCGUGUUUAUUAGUAUAUUUCUUGCUUUCUUUCUUCCUUUCUUGAUUUUACUUUUGUUCUUUGCUUUUUUCUUACAUUUUCUUUCUUUUUUCCCUUUUUUCCUUCCUUUUUUCUUCCUUGAAUUGUCUUUCUUUCUUUUUCUUUCUUGCUUUCUUCUUUCUUUCGUUCGUUCUUUCUUUCUUUUGUAA